AGCAUCCACGCAAGUAGAGUCAAGGCAAUUGUUCUAAUCCAUCACCUGUCUCUUGAGUAGUUUGCUGGCACCCACACAAGUCAAGUCUUUUUUCCUUUCCGUGCAAGCAUUUACACAUCUCAAAUCGAGGCCCAGUAUUGAUCUUGGCGGGAGAUAGCUUCAAUUUUAGGCAUACAAUGGAUGUUUUUACUUUGAUAGCAUUUGUGAGUACUUGUUUUCUAAUCUUCUUGAAAGCCUCGACAGCAAUUGACUCCAUUUCUCCAUCUGAGCCUCUCCCCGAUGGAAAGACCUUAGUUUCCAAUGAUGGAAGCUUUGAGUUGGGUUUCUUCCAUCCAGGCAGUUCUGGGAACCGGUACUUGGGAAUUUGGUACAAGAACAUCCCAGUCAGAACAGUUGUUUGGGUUGCAAACAGGGUGAAUCCAAUAAAUGACUCUUCUGGCAUGUUGAUGGUAACAACCACUGGUGAUCUUCAGCUUCUGAGUCAGAACAUAACUGUUGUUUGGUCAGCUAACUCAAAAAAAGGAGCUCAGAAUCCUAUACUGCAGCUCCUGAAUUCUGGCAAUCUUGUUUUGAUAGAUGACAGGGAUGGAAAUUCGGGAGCUUACUUGUGGCAAAGCUUUGAUUAUCCAUCUGAUACACUGCUACCGGGGAUGAAAAUAGGAUGGGACUUGAGAACUGGCCUUGACAGGCGUCUCUUAGCGUGGAAGAACUCUGAUGAUCCAUCUCCUGGUGACUUUACUUUGGAAAUUGAACUACAAGGUAAUCCUGAGGCGGUGCUCUGGAAAGGCUCCCAGAAAUACUACAGGAGUGGUCCCUGGAAUGGCUUAAGAUUUAGUGGUUCCCGAUUUGUAGGUCCUGAUAACUUAGUUUUCAGUAUUGAAUUUGUCUCCAAUGAAGAGGAGGUCUACUACAUGUUUUCCCUCAAAAACAAGCCUAUGCUCUCAAGGAUUGUUCUGAACCAAACUGACUACACAGGGCAGAGAUACACAUGGAAUGAAGAAACUCGAACAUGGAAGCUUUACUCAUACGUACCUAACGACAAUUGUGACAAUUAUGGACUUUGUGGUGCAUAUGGGAAUUGUGACAGUGGUCAAGCUCCAGCUUGCCAAUGUUUGAAAGGAUUCAAGCCUAAAUCACCAGAUGGAUGGAGCUCUGGUGAAUGGUCUCAAGGAUGUGUCAGAAACAAGCCAUUGAACUGCCAGGCAGGCGAUGGAUUUAUCCAAUUUGAAAGGUUGAAACUGCCUGAUGCUACCCAUUCAUGGGUAAACAAAACUAUGAGCCUCAAGGAAUGCAGGCAUAAAUGCUUCCAGAACUGUUCUUGUAUGGCAUAUACUAGUUUGGAUAUAAGAGGAAGAGGUAGUGGUUGUGCCAUUUGGUUUGGUGAUCUAGUUGACAUUAGACAGUUUCAAUCUGCUGGGCAGGAUCUGUUCAUUAGGAUGUCUGCUUUGGAAUUAGGUAUGAACAUCCCUUUCAUUCACGUUUCUUCAUUAGCCAACUUGAAUAUUUCCUUGAAGCUGAAUCUUGUUGGCAGUAGAAAGAUCAAAUAACUAUGCUUAUUACAGCUUGUGAUAAUGUACUUUAGCUAAGAUUUAAUUAUAUUUGUUCUUACCAUCAAAAUUGACAAUGAAGGAUCGAAGAGAAAUGAGACUAAGUCGAAGAUUAUUUUUAUUUUUCUAUUUUUAUGUCACUAGGUAACAAAUAGUUUCCUUCAGU